AGGAAGUCUCAAUCGACUACAUACGCUCAGUUUUCCCUUGUGCGCUUUCGCUCCUUUGCUCGAGUUUUUGCAUGCGAGGCUUUGUUUCGUCUUCGCAAUACCGCCCCAACCGCCCCAACACCCUGAUCUGUCGGCAGCCCAACAAAGUGUUCUCCUUUAAUGCUAAGCGCGCGUGAGGAUACUCUGCUACACGAUGGCUUCUCUUCGCGUCUUAGCCUUGCUGUUGGUAUUUUUCAACCUCGUGCUGGCGGACUGCGAAUGCGGAUAUUCGAUAAUAACGCCUUCCGACGACAAACGAUACGUUUUCACCGAUUUAUUGGAGAGCGACUUUGUUCAUCUAGAUAUCACGGAUAGGACUCGGGGAUAUGGAGAAUAUGGUUGGGCGGCGCAGGAGUUUGAUAUGUCGAGUGAAGUCGCGCGAGGGCCUUACGGUCAAGCGUUUACUCCGCAAAACGUAAUAUCAAAUAAUAUCGCCGACGAGCAAAUAUUCAGUGGGUCUGGGGUUAAGGGUGGUGAUGCCGGCUUGAAGCUUGUGGUUGGAAGCGAAAUAAAAAACGGGAUGGUUCCCUGCGCCGACGUUGCUACCACGGAUGUUCAAUAUUACCACGGGACCUUCAGGGCGGGUAUCAAGGUCACCGAUGUGCCAGGAACAUGUAGUGCUUUCUUCUGGUAUAUGAAUGAUACCCAAGAAAUCGACAUAGAGUUCUUAUCAGCCGAGUUCAACAAGAGCAAUAACUCGUUCCCAGUUAAUCUCGUCCUACAAUCUCAGGAGUCAAAAGACCACGGGUUCGACGCAUCUAAGACGGGGGACUUCAAGACAAUUCACUUACCAUUCGACCCUACUACGGAUUUCCACGAGUAUAGAAUCGACUUUUUGCCGGACAGAGUUCUUUUUUACGCAGACGCCCAACUUCUCACCGAGAUGAACGGCACUGGCGUGCCUUCUACUCCCGGAAACUUACAGGUGUCGCAUUGGAGCAACGGGAAUGUGGGAUGGUCGCAGGGACCACCGAAGACGGAUGCCACAACCACAGUCAGUUACGUAAAGGCGUACUUCAACUCAUCCUUAAAAUCGAGGCAGAACGAUUAUAUGAUACGGUGUAAAGAUCCCUCAGUUCCAACGGCAGUCUGUGCGAUCCCCGAUAGAAACACGACAUACUUCUUCGGCAACGUCGCGAACAUGACACCUAACCAAACGACUUACCACGAGAACAACGGAAGGCGGGCGAGGCGGUGGCGACCUCUCCCAUUUGCUGCGGCUAUCGCAACCAGCACUUGGGUGGUUGGUCUAUAAAGAAGUUUCUGUCUAAUUAGAUAUUCUUAGAAGGAUGUGAUAUGGAUGAUAAAGGCGGCUCGGAUAAGCAUAUUCUAGCAUUUUGAUUAUGGCGCGGGUUGUUAAGCUAUAAGCUAUAGCACUUCACUUUUAGUUGUAUGAUACCUUUCAAGUCGGCGCCAGGACGAUUCUUCUAACGCCGUCUGUUGUUGUGACUCUUAGUUGCCUGUAUAUAUAUAUCUUCUUGCGAGGACAAUUGAGAUACUUACAAAUG